CUCGCAUGCUCACGAAGCUUGUGCAUGAAGAAGUCGAAACCUUCGACGAUCGGUGACGAUCAUGCUGUCGUGAAUGUCCUGACCAAUACGUCCCUGUGGCUGUCCAUCGCUCAGUUCCAGACAGGUCUACCCCGCCAUUUCCAUCCCAUUGUGCGCGACAUCCGCGUUGUCGCCGCGUCCAUGUGGGACCCACACAGAUUACUCGGACCCCAAACCUUCCAGGAACAGUCCAGCAUCAAGUACCAUGCAUGGUUUGCCGAGUAUGGGCUCCAUGCCGUCCGUGUUCUGCAGCAAAAGUGCAUGCGAGAUUUUGUCGUGUACACGUCGUUCAUCGGCCACAUCAGUUCCCUCGCGGCCCUACUCCCAACAUCUUUGAAGUUCAGUGUGACCUCCGUCGACUUGACACGUGUAUGGAAAUUUGCCGCGCGGAAUGGCCAUUUGCCUGUCAUUCAGUACCUCCAUAUGCACCAAUUCCCCGGAUGUACGUCGCAUGUGAUGGACACUGCCGCCGGCAACGGCCAUCUCGACAUUGUGUCGUUCCUGCAUUCGUUUCGAGGCGAAGGUACGCGAUCUCAACCACAUCCACGUAUCCUCAUAGCCCUUCUUCCUCUCUAGGUUGUACGAAGGAAGCGAUGGACGCGGCGUCAUUCAAGGGCUUCCUGGACGUCGUUCAAUUUCUGCAUCGUCACCGGAAGGAAGGGUGCACAAAGUCCGCCAUGACGUGGGCCGCACGCUUGGAUCAACUGCAAGUGGUUCGUUUCCUCGACGAGAAUCGCACGGAAGGAUGCACGAAGAAGGCGCUGGACUGGGCUGCCAAGCACGGGCACCUGAAUGUCGUCAAGUAUCUCCAUGAACAUCGCCAGGAAGGGUGUCCCGAGAAGGCUCUUCUGGAAGCUGCCAAGGCCGGACACAUGCACAUCGUCCGGUACCUCGCGCUUCAUGCGAAGGAUUUGCAUGCGUGGAUGCAUCGAGCCAUGCAGACGGCGGUGGCGGCGGGACACUUGAAGCAUGUGCGGGCGCUGGUGGAGCAAGGCGGGCGAUGUGCUACAUCAAACGACAUGGGCCACGUCGUGGAAGCCGCGCUCGAAACCGCCAUGGACACUGGGCACACGGCCAUCGCUCAUUAUUUACUAGUAUGUUAUUCUCAGCUAACCGUGCUAAAGUAACUUUUUCAAGGACA